UGUUUUUAAUUUUCAAGUCUAGUGGGUACCAGUGUAGUACCACCGACUGCAGCAACCAGUUGGUUCGGUUAUUGGGUACCAUCAAGACCGUAUUUUUCAGUGUGCUUUACCAAGUCCGCCGUCAGUAACCAGUUAUUCGUGUUGUUGUCACCGUCUACGAAAAUAACCAUCAGAAUGGCAGAGAACAGAAGCAAAAUAGCCGCUUGGUACGAUGGUAGAAGUAUAUUUGUAACCGGAGGUAGCGGAUUUAUGGGGAAAGUGAUGUUAGAAAAACUUCUUUAUUCCUGUGAUGGUGUCAAGAAGAUUUACCUUCUUCUAAGGCCCAAGAGAGGCAGAACGCCACAACAAAGAAUUGAUGAUAUGUGGAAACUACCCGUAUUUGAUAGAUUAAGAGAAAAAGAUCCAAACGCAAUUAAAAAAAUCAUUCCUGUAAUCGGAGAUCUAUUCGCAGACAACUUGGGUCUGCAACCAUCGGAUAUUAAAGACCUUAUAGAGAAUGUCUCAGUGGUGUUUCACAUGGCUGCUACUCUGAAGCUGGAAGCAACAUUGAAAGACGCCAUUCAACAGAACACUCAAGGAACUGCCAUGGUUCUCGAUGUGGUUAAGCAGAUAAAGAAGUUGGAGGCUUUUUGUCACUUCAGCACUGCUUAUUGUUCGGCUGAUUUAGAAGUCUUUGAAGAAAGGGUGUACGAAAAUAAAGACAAUCCUAGAGACGUCAUAGAUAUAGUGAAAUGGAUGAACCCAGAAGCUUUAGAAAUGGCAACCAAAAGUAUAAUAGCCCCUCAUCCUAAUACGUACACGUACAGCAAAAGAUUGGCCGAAACGUUAGUUGCUGACGAAAAAGAUAAUAUUCCAGUGUGUAUUAUUCGUCCUUCUGUAGUUUGUCCUGCUGGACUAGAACCUAUACCAGGAUGGGUCGACAGCUUAAACGGUCCCAUGGGUCUAUUGGUAGCUGCUGGAAAAGGCGUUUUAAGAUCGAUGCAUUGCAUAGGGGAAAACAAAGCUCAAGUAAUACCUGUGGACUUCGCUAUAAACGCCAGCAUAGUUGUUGCAUACAAACUGGCCACUGAAAAACCCAAAGAGGUUCCUGUUUACAAUCUGACUCAAGACGGUGUAAUACCGAUUACAAUGGGGGAAGUAUUAAACACAGGACGAGAUAUCGUCUACAGGAAUCCAUUUGAAAUGCAGGUGUGGUAUCCUGAUGGUGACAUUCGAUCAUCUAAAUUGGUUCAUGACAUUUGUUGUAUAUUUAUGCACUGGAUACCUGCCUUGUUUAUCGACUUGUUAAUGUUUAUAUUCAGACAAAAAACAUUCAUGAUACGAAUUCAAAAGAAAAUACAUCAAGGUUUGGAGCUUCUUCAGUUUUUCACCACUAGAGAUUGGAACUUUGCUAGUGAAAAGUUCUUGGGCUUGUGGGAUGAGAUGGAUGAGAUAGAUCGGAAAACAUUUUGCAUGGACUUCCACGCGAUGCCGAUUGAAUGGUACCUAGAAAAAUCAGUUUUAGGAGCUAGACAGUACUGCAUGAAAGAACCGUUAAUAUCGCUGCCUAGAUGUAGAGUACAACAAAAAAUAUUAUACGUCGUCCACAAGCUGUUCAUUUUCACCUUAUAUUACUACAUAUUUUAUAUUCUUAGUUGUAUAUUUCCUCCUGUUAGAAUACUUUACGAUCUUUUCUGGGAAUUUUUGGGUAAAUUACCCGUUUUUAGUACCUUUAUAACUCACAAAAGUACAAUAGAGAGCUAAUAAUAUUGUAAUUUUGCUACAUACAUACGUUAUGUUUAAGAAUAAUAAAUUUUUGUAUGGAUUUUUAUAUAAAACAGCGUCUUUACUUGUUCGAAUAAAUUAUUCAAGUUCA